AUGGACAUGACACAAGAGAAUCAGUCAAAAUUUUCAAAGUUUCUUUCAUUCACAAGACAGUGUGUAAUAAGAAGCAAGAAGUUCACUCUAAAAACAUGCAGGAAAAUAACACAAAGUGUACAGGCACUAAAAAGGAAGACAAAAAAAAUAGCUACACGUUUAAUCCUAAAGUGUCUUCGGAAGUCCCAGAAAAGGCGACUUCUUAGGCACGUUCCAAGUAUUCCUGGGAAAGCCAUCCAGGAAUUGGCUGCUGACUCGUCUUCUUGGUUAUACCUGCAGGAAGAGAUGGAAAUGCACUACCAGAACCUAAAAAACAAAAAGGCGCUGGAGUUUGAGGGCGAACCCAUGGCUGGGAAACUCCUGUAUAAAAAACUCUGUGCCCGGCUGGAGGCAGGAAUAGCUCGAGACAAAAUCCGGGAAAAAAUAUCACAUGCGGAAAUGUGCAUGGAAGCAGGAGAAAUACCUGAGUGUGAAAUGCCAAAUGAGGAACUCUCCGCCAAGUCCGAGUUACCUGAAGUAGUACCAACAGAGGAAGUAGUACCUGAAGUAGUGCCAACAGAGGAAGUGCCUGAAGAAGUAAUGCCAGCCGAGGAAGUAUCCGAAGUAGUACCUGAAGUAGCACCUGAAGAAAUAGUACCAGCCGAAGUAGCACUAACAGAGGAAGCAACUGAAGAAAUAGUACCAGCCGAAGAAGUAUCCGAAGUAGCAACUGAAGUAGCACUAACAGAGGAAGUAUCCGAAGUAGCACUAACAGAGGAAGUGUCCGAAGUACCAGCCGAGGAAGUAGCAACUGAGGAAUUACCAACUGAGGAAGCCCCCGCCCAAAAAGAAAUAUCUGAAAACCCUGCCAAUCCUGACUUGCCAGAUGCGGAAAUAGUACCUGAUGCAUUACCAAAUGCGGAAAUAGCACCUGAAAUUGCAUUGCAAAUUUUUAAAACCCCAAGCACACAUGCACCCUCAGACCCUGAAAGCAAGCCAGUACAAGAGCCCACACACAUCUCCAUAAAACAGGAAACUCCUUCCGUGACUGUGACUUUAGAAGAGCUAAAUCGAAGGCAAAGAGAGCAAAGCACCUACAAAGAGACAGGCCCAGUUAGAGUCUCAAAAAGCCUAGAGAGAUCCGUGAACAAGCAACUGAAGAAAAAGUCAAAGAAAAGCGAAGCCAGCAAGAAAUAA